AUGGACGUCGAAGACGUUCAAAUCGAAGCCAAAAAGAACAAAACAAGAACUCUUAAAAGUGUUCACGACUACGUGAACCAAAUAUCAAAUGGUAGGGUGAUUAACGGAAUCAUUCGAUCCGUGACCAAACCAUCGUAUGCCCUAAAGCAAGGGAUUGGGAGCUUACGGGUAGAUUACGGGGGCUUACGAUCGGAAAAUCGGAGGAGACUAAGGUAUUUACUUCGCAGGCUUGUGCGGCAACACAAUUGGAAAGAAGCGAGUGGUGUGCUGAGCGUGCUUCUGAAAGGCACCCUCCGUGAAAAGUCCGUUUCGAAGAACCGGACUAAGUAUUGGGCCGCAAUGGAGCUUCUCAGGCAUAAAACAGGUGUCCAUGUCAGCUCUAGAAAGAUCCAGCACAUAUACGAAUUGUGGAUGAAAAAGAUUGGAUCAAUGACGGGUUCACAACAGAAGGAUCGACUUGUGGUUCAGUUGGAGUUCAUCCAGUUCUGUCUUACACAUGGGAAUACCGAGGAUGCGUAUCAAGGUGUUAUAUGCCUCAUGCAAGAACGUGGAUUUGGGAGUGACCCAAUCUCAAAUUUGAUUGUGGGAUUGGCUUUUUUCCAGCUGUGGUAUUCUGCUAUCCCGAAAGAGCUGCAGUUGAGAGAUUUCAAUGAGCCUUAUAACCCCAUGCAAUCAGAGAUGUCAGAAACUAGAUUUGACAUGUCAAUUGACAACUCUGGUGGGCAUGAUGCCAAUAAAAUUCAAGAAGUUAACUCCCGCUUUCAGUGUGACUCAAACACCUCUGUUAGGAAUGACAAGGACAUAGGUUUGGCAGUUGAUGUUGACCAACAGAGAGAAGUUUCCUUUGAUGUGGAUGAUACGCUGCAGCAAGAAAAUCAUUGCCCAUAUUUUCAGUCGCAAGGUUUCUACGUGAAUGCUUGUGGAGACAGUGAACGUGAAGUAUGUUCUGCCUCUAGUCCAGGUGGUGGUAUGCCUUAUGGUUCUGUUUUUUAUGCCCGUGGUCUGGAUUCAUGGUUGUUGCCUUUAAGAUUGCCUCAUUCAGGAGAUAAAUUAGAGGAUCUCAUCUAUUUGCAUAGGAAUAUACGUGGUGACUAUUAUAAUAACGCAGUGAAGUAUUUACAGCUUGCUCUUCAAUCAACACCUUCAGUGUUUGAGGCCUUACUCCCUUUGAUACAGAUACUGCUGCUUGGAGAUCGAGUGAAGGAGGCCUUAGAUGAGCUUGAAACUUCUGUUCAUAAUUUAAACACAGCACUUCCCUUAAGAUUGAAAGCUAGUCUCUUGGAGCGUUUUGCUAGUAACAAUAUUGUCAAAGUUUCAACUUGUUAUGAGGAUAUUCUGAAAAAAGAUCCAACUUGUAGCCAUUCAUUGUCAAGGCUUGCCAGCAUGGAUCAACAAGGUGAUUAUAGCUCUGAAAAACUGCUGGAAAUGAUAGCUCUGCAUUUAGAUGCUACAUAUGCAGGAUGCAACACAUGGAAAGAGUUUGCUUCUUGCUUCCUGAAGCUUUGUCAAUCUGAAGAAGAUCGAAUGUCAAUUUGCCUGGAUUGUAAUGAAGGCGGACACAAGCAAAAGUACUCUUCUCAUGUCAAUGGUAUUCCGGGAAUGUUUACCAAUGAUGUAUCUGAAAGGACUUGGAGGUUUCGUUGCAGGUGGUGGUUGACACGCCAUUUCAGCCACAGCUUACUUUCUUCAGAAAUUGCAGCAGGUGACUUGCCGCUAUUAACUUACAAAGCAGCCUCUGCAUCACAUUUAUAUGGACGGGAGUUGGAGUAUGUUGUAAAGGCUUCGGCUUGUCUAGAGAAGGAAAAUAACAUGGAAUUGUUCUCAUUUUUGCAGAUGCACAUGUUGAACUCUGUUGGACUCUAUUUAUAUUUGACGAGAUAGAUCAAUAUAAAUAUGGAAGGUUUUUGAGAGAAAAUGAGUGACGAAUAGGUAUAUUGAGGUGAUAAA